CAAAACAAAAAUUGAAACUUCAUCUUGAAUAUGCCUAGACCAAGAUGGAGUCCAACACCACAACAACUUAUGAUUCUACAAGAUUUGUAUAGAAAAGGGUUGAGAAAUCCAACAUCAAGUCAAGUACAAAAGAUCACAACUCAUCUUUCUUUUUAUGGAAAGAUUCAAUGCAAGAAUGUAUUUUAUUGGUUUCAAAACCACAAAGCUAGGGACAGACAAAAGCUCAGAAAAGAAGUGAUGAUGCUUCACAAAAUGCAGAAAAACUCUAGUGAUGAUGCUCCUCAAUUUCAUACCACUCCCACCAACAAUAGCAAUAUUCUUGACUACAUGAAUUUCCCUCCUAGUACUUUUCAUACACUUUACCCUCACUCUCCUCCCAUAUUGUUUCAUCAGGCUGAAGGAAAAGACACAUCAUCAUCAGCUCAUCAAAUGAUGAACAACAUGGGGAAUGUGGAUUUUCCAAAGCAAUGUGCUAUAGAGAAUGGCAUGAUAAGAACAAAUGUUCAAGGUUGGAUCCUGAUGAUGACAGACAUGUGUCCUAAUUCUAUUCCCUCUUUCAGCAACAAGCCUCUUGAAACCCUAGAACUUUUCCCUAUCAAAGCUACAGGCAUUAAGGAGUAGGGAUCCCAAAAUAAUAUAUAUUGUUUCUUGCUGAAAUGCAUGUAUAAUACCAUUGGAUGAGGUCACUUCGUUCCUCAACUUAAGUAUAUCUAAAUAAAAUUUUAAAUUCAAAUCAA